CAAAAUGAUGACGUCCGUAUGAGGACUUCACGCUUGCGUACUGUGCGUGCAGCGCUGAUGCAAGAAAUUUUCGGUGCAGUAGUGUGGGACUGAUCGAGGGACAAAAAGUUAACAGAUUUCAGUCACUUUUCAGGCCGCAACAAUGUCAGGAGACGAGAUGAUUUUCGAUCCCAACAUGACCAAGAAGAAGAAGAAGAAGAAGAAGCCCUUCAUGCUGGAUGAGGAUGGAGGAGAAGGGAUGGGAGGAGAAGAGGCUAAAGAGGUGGAGGCAAAGGAAGCAGAACCAGAGGCUGGAGAAGACAGGGAGCUUGAUCUAGAUGAUGAAGAUGGCAGGAAGAAAGAGCCGUCUGAUGAUUUGAAUGACUUGAACUUCUUCAACCAAAAGAAAAAGAAGAAAAAGCCCAAAAAAGUAUUUGACAAUGAUAUCGAGGAGGGAUUAAAGGAGCUGAAAAUUGAAGGAGAGCAGAUGGAGGUGCUGGAGGAAGACAACCUAGACCUGAUGCUUCCUACCAAAAAGAAGAAGUCAAAGAAAGUGGACUUUGAUGAUGGAGAGACACUGGAGAAGGAUGACACGCUGGAAGAUGAUGAGGGAAAGAAUAAUGAUGGAAUCUCAUUCAGCUCCUCCACAGGACCGGCCUGGGCUGGCUCUGAAAGAGACUACACUUAUGAUGAGCUUCUGAAUCGAGUCUUCAACAUCAUGAGAGAGAAGAACCCGGACAUGGUGGCUGGAGAGAAGAGAAAGUUCGUCAUGAAGCCUCCUCAGGUGGUCCGAGUGGGAACCAAGAAAACCUCCUUCGUCAACUUCACAGACAUCUGCAAACUGUUGCAUCGUCAGCCUAAACAUCUCCUCGCUUUCCUGUUGGCUGAGCUGGGAACAAGUGGUUCUAUAGAUGGAAAUAACCAGCUUGUGAUCAAAGGCAGAUUUCAGCAGAAACAGAUAGAAAAUGUGUUGAGAAGAUAUAUCAAGGAAUAUGUGACGUGUCACACCUGCCGCUCCCCAGAGACCAUCCUGCAGAAGGACACUCGCCUCUAUUUCCUGCAGUGUGAAACGUGCCACUCCCGCUGCUCCGUCGCCAGCAUCAAGACCGGUUUCCAGGCUGUGACGGGCAAGAGGGCGCAGCUCCGCGCCAAAGCCAACUAAAGACCAUCGAAACUGGGCUCCCUCUCCUCGGCCUCCGCUUUUUCCCCUGAGAAGGGCUGAUGCUGGAGUUGGACGCCCCCUUGAUUUGCUGAAAGGACUCUCUGAAUCGAACUGCGGGAGGGUUUGGCUGUUGUUUAGUUGUGUCAUGGCCUGACUGAGCAGGGAGUGAGAGAGUAUUUAAAGGUGACAGAUGGGGUUCAGACACUGUAAGCAGAUGAUGUAUAUCUCACAUACUGUUGGAUGCAUUUGAUUUGUUGUCAGGCUGAUGAACCCUCCACCUCCUAGGUAUUUUGUUUUUUGUUAUUUUUUUUUCCCAUCUGCUGUGAUUCUUGAUUCCUGCAAGAAAACCCUGAUUUAAUAUGGCUUGAAUUCUUCCUCAUUGUUUUUUCUCCAACUUUACAUAGCCCAGACAUGAAUAUUUCUCCAGAUAAGGAAAACAUUUCUCUAUUCAACCAGCAAAGUUAUAGUUAAGCUAAGUUCAUCUACAGUAACAGAGCUUAAGUGCUCAGACAUUUGUAGCCAUGUGGCUCAUGUAGUCUCCUCUUUAUUCUUGAAUUCCACCUUGCUUUAAUGAAAGGCUGUGUUCCUCUUUCUGGUCUGCCCCUAAAUCACAAAAGUGCCAGUUUAGGAUUUUCUGCCCUAGCUAAUCAAGGAUAAAAAUAAGUGACCUGGCUGGAAAAUUUGCCACUGUGACUAGUCUGUGACAGGCCCGAAACACACCUCCUUUUGAUCAUUUCACAGCAAAAGAUGACCAGUCUAACGGUUGAUUAAGUGGAGAGUACUUUUUCAACCGAAGACUUAGAGAUACGAUGUGUGCAAGUGGGUACUUCAUUAGUUCUUCCUCAUGACUAACAUAUUUUAUCAAACAUUUGAGAUUUGAUUAGAAGGAUGUGAAAAUUAAUAUGGUUCACGUUGUCCAGAAGAGCAGGUUUCUUGAGCAAAUUCCAGUGCCCCAACACCAACACCCAAAUGCAUCUGAGCAGAAACCUCGGAUCAGCCUGCUCAUGUGUGAUUCAAGAAAUUUACACCACAAUCUAGCCAUAAUGGGAAGAGUUUUGGUCCAGUGAUACUGGAUGCACAAUAUUGGUUAUGUUAUUGUUAGAGAAGAAUGUGAUAAGAAGGUCUGGUUUGAAUCAUUUUAAAAACCUGGUUUUUACAAAAAUAAAAUAUUCUGCUCUCUCUCUCCA